AUGAUGCCUGGGGGCUUAUCUGAGACUAAGCCUGCUACUCCAGAAAUCCAGCAUAUUGUUAACCAGGUGAAGCAACAGUAUGAAAGCAAGCAAGACAGGACAUAUGACAUCUUUAAAGCCAUAGUGUAUAGGACUCAGGUGGUUGCUGGGAUAAACUACUUUAUUAAGGUCCAAGAUGGCGAUGAUGACUAUGUCCACUUAAGGGUGUUUCAGAGCCUUCCUCAUGAGAACCAAGGUCCCAGCCUUGUCAGUUUUCAGUCUGGCAAGACCAGAGAUGAUCCUUUGACCUACUUCUGA